AGAACUACUGUAAUAGAAGCGCAUUAACAAAGUCGUCCUUUUUUUUAAUUUUCAAAUAGGAAUAAAAUGCACUUUGACAUGCGUUUUCACAUAGUGCUAAUAGCACAACUUUGUUUUUAUUAGAUCGAUCGAUAUUUUAGAGUUAUUGAGCAACUAUGACAUCGUUUUUUUGGCAUAUAAAUCAUAUGAGAAUGUACUAGUUUUUUCUACGAAGAAAUAAUCAAAAUCUAUGUACGAGUAAAAAUUUGUUUAUCUAAAACUUCAAUUGGUCUACUGUAGAAAACUAUAAUUAAUCUCAUAUAAUCGUGAGAAAAUAAUUGUGAAACAAUUAAAAUUUAAAUGCGGCAAUUUAAUUUUAUAUAAAUUAAUUAUGAUAUCGAAAUGAAAUUGUUAUUAUGUUUGUCUUGAUAUCUAUGAUAAUUAUAUUUUUUAUCGUUCUCUUCUCCUUUUUUUUUUGUUAUUCAAUAACUAAGGAAGUACGAGUUUUUUGUGUCAUCAUCAAAAUGGGUACAACGAGUGCGUACACUGAUUCAGAGCGUAUCAAUGAUGAGGCCAAUCUUAACGAUACUUCGAUCGAAGCUUUCUUUGCUGACUCAGUGAUAUUCGUAACUGGUGCGACUGGUUUUCUUGGAAAAGCUCUCAUAGAAAAGCUUUUACGAUCGUGUCCUCGCGUAAGCACGAUCUAUUUACUGAUCCGUCCAAAAAAGGGUCAAACCGUUAAAGAAAGAUUUAAAACGCUCGUAAAUAAUUCGAUUUUCGAUAGAGUUCGUUGCGAACAUCCAGGUGUGAUAAACAAAGUUUAUCCAAUACGAGGAGACGCGAGUGAGCCUGAUCUCGGUUUGAGUGUUGAUGAUAGAAUGACGUUAACUCAAAAUGUGAACAUAGUUUUCCAUUGUGCAGCCACUGUACGUUUUAACGAGCCUCUUAAAGUAGCCGUUAUGUUGAACAUAAGGGCGACCGAUCGAGUAUUAGAUCUAUGCAAAUCCAUGAGCCAUCUUAAAAGUUUUGUUCACGUCAGUACGGCUUACAGUAACGCUGAUAAACGCGAAGUGAAAGAACUCGUUUAUGAAACGAAAAUAACGGCACAAGUUAUUAUGGAUAUGUGUGAAAUUCUUGAUGAUGAAACGUUAACUGUAUUAGAAAAGAAAUUACUUGAAAAACAUCCAAAUACGUAUACACUCACGAAAGGUAUUGCGGAAGAACUUGUAUCGAAGAAAGGAAUUGGUUUGCCGAUCAUUAUAGUUAGACCUAGUAUAAUUUGUGCCGCUUAUCAAGAACCACUUCCAGGUUGGGUGGAUAAUUUAUAUGGUAUUACAGGUAUUAUUACUGAAAUUGGCAGGGGUACCAUUAGAAGUAUAUAUGGCGAUAGAAAGUUAAAAAUCGACGUUGUACCGGUCGACUAUGUCGUUGAUACACUGAUAUGUGCGGCUUGGCAUAGUACGAUACGUCGUGACGGUUCCAUACAAGUUUACAAUUGUGCGAGUAGCACCAUCAAUCCUAUCAGUUGGGGCGAGUUCGCUAAACACAUAAGAAAACAUGUCAUAGAAUCUCCAUCGAAAUACGUUAUGUGGUAUCCCAAUGUCGCAAUUAGAACCAACAGAUUAGUUCAUAAAGUAAUAGUCGUUAUAUUACACUUUUUACCUGCGUUCUUAGUGGAUUUAUUGUUAAUGUGUCAGGGUAGUAAACCUAUCAUGUUGAAUAUGUCGAAACGUAUCGAUCGUGCCGCGAAAGUCGGAGCAUUCUUCGCCUUACAUGAAUGGGACUUUGCUUUAGACAAUAUGAUGGAUUUGAUAAAACAUGUAAAAACUAUGAACGACUGUAGCCGAUUUCGCGUAGACUUCAAGGAUAUAGAUUGGGAUGCAUAUACUCGUCAGUACACAUUGGGUAUUAGAAAAUAUAUUUUAAAGGAUCAUCCCGAUUCUUUGACCAAAGCACGAAGUCGACUUUCCAAGCUAUACUGGCUACGUAAAAUUAUUCAAGCUUUGAGUAUCUUAUUUUUGUACAAAUUAUUAAAAUACGUUGGUUAGUGAUACUUAAGAAAUUUUUAAUGUUUGUUUGUUGUAAACGAAAAAUUGAUCAAAUGUUAUAAGAAAACUAUCGUGGCCAACCAAAUCAUUCUUCAUUUUUCUAUAGAUAAUAAAGCAGUGGUUUUUUAUCAUAACUUCUUUUCUGAUGAUGAAACACUAUUUUACUUAAUUAUCAUAAGUAUAUUAAUUAUAUUGCAACAUUUGAUAAGAAAGUUUGAAUAGCGAGACUGCUGAGAUUAUAAAUAAAUCUUUUCUUGGUCCUGAAUACAACGUCCAAACAGAUUACUUAAUGUACAUACUUCUUUAUAGGAGCAACAAUUACGCUUAACACUCGAAAAUGUACAAAUUUGACGUUAUAGAUAGAAUUAAAUAAAAUGACAAGGAGAAUCAACGAAGGACCAUCGAUUUCUGAACGUUUCGAUUUUAAUACUUUUAAUGCAUAUCGUAUUUAUUGUAAAUUUAUGAGAAUCGAUCAGAAAUUUCACUUUUACUAAUGUAUUUCACUAUUACUCAUAAGCUACUAUUAAAUAUUGGUUGUAUUAUAUGAGAAUAAAUAAAUACAUUUGAAAUACUUUUAAAUA